UGGGGACAAGGUGGGAGCCGGGGAUGGCGCGCGCCUGGGCUCGCGCCGGCAGCUCAGGCGAGGAGCAGCGGCCAGAGCAGCGCCAGCAGCAGGCAGCGAGCGGGCGCGGGAGCGGGAGCGGGAGCGGGGGCAGCGUUGGCGGCGGCGGCUCCUCCUCGGCCAUCCCCUCGGAGCCGUGCAGCUGACGCGCAUGGCGAAGACAGCGGCGCCUACCGAUGGGAGCAGCGGUUCUCGGCUGGACCGGGUUGGUGGCCUGAAUGUAUUAGCUUCGCUGCGUCUACCUAAGAGAAAUAAGAAUGUCUAAGCCCUUGGAGGCCGAGAAGCAAGGCCUGGACUCACCGUCAGAGCACACAGAUCCCGAGCAAAAUGGACCAGACACUAACCAUCAGAACCCCCAGAAUAAGACCGCCCCGUUCUCUGUGUCCCCGACUGGCCCCAGCACCAAGAUCAAGGCUGAAGACCCCAGUGGCGACUCGGCCCCCGCUGCGCCCCCGCCGCCUCCUCCAGCUCAGCCGCAUCUGCCCCAGGCCCAGCUCAUGUUGACGAGCAGCCAGCUAGCUGGGCUCACGGCGCUGAUGCCCGCCCAGCAGCAGCUCCUUCUGCAGCAAGCCCAGGCCCAGCUCCUGGCCGCCGCCGUGCAGCAGUCCACGGCCGCCGCUGCCGCCGCCGCCGCCUCCUCCUCCUCCUCUUCCUCCUCCUCUUCCUCCUCCUCUGCCUCCUCUUCUGCCUCGCAGCCUCCCACAUCCUCGGGGGGAGGCGACCUGCCACCACCGCAGCCUGCCAGCCAGCCCCCCGGGACCCCCCAGCUCACCCUGUCCCAGCCCAUCCAGCUCACAGCACAGGACAUACAGCAGCUACUCCAGCUCCAGCAGCUGGUUCUCGUGCCAGGCCACCACCUCCAGCCACCCGCUCAGUUCCUGCUGCCACAGGCCCAGCAGAGCCAGCCAGGCCUGCUACCGACGCCAAAUUUAUUCCAGCUACCUCAGCAAACCCAGGGAGCUCUGCUGACCUCCCAGCCCCGGGCCGGGCUGCCCACACAGCCCCCCAAAUGCUUGGAGCCACCAUCCCACCCCGAGGAGCCCAGCGACCUGGAGGAGCUGGAGCAAUUUGCCCGCACCUUCAAGCAACGCCGCAUCAAACUGGGCUUCACGCAGGGUGACGUGGGCCUGGCCAUGGGCAAGCUCUAUGGCAACGACUUCAGCCAGACCACCAUCUCCCGCUUCGAGGCCCUCAACCUGAGCUUCAAGAACAUGUGCAAACUCAAGCCCCUCCUGGAGAAGUGGCUCAACGAUGCAGAGACGAUGUCUGUGGACUCAAGCCUGCCCAGCCCCAACCAGCUUAGCAGCCCCAGCCUGGGCUUUGACGGGCUCCCCGGCCGGAGACGCAAGAAGAGGACCAGCAUCGAGACAAACGUCCGCUUCGCCUUAGAGAAGAGUUUCCUAGCGAACCAGAAGCCUACCUCAGAGGAGAUCCUGCUGAUCGCCGAGCAGCUGCACAUGGAGAAGGAGGUGAUCCGCGUCUGGUUCUGCAACCGGCGCCAGAAGGAGAAACGCAUCAACCCCUGCAGCGCCGCCCCCAUGCUGCCCAGCCCGGGGAAGCCGGCCAGCUACAGCCCCCACCUGGUCACACCCCAAGGGGGCGCCGGGACCUUGCCACUGUCCCAAGCUUCCAGCAGCCUGAGCACAACAGUUACUACCUUAUCCUCAGCUGUGGGGACGCUGCACCCCAGCCGGACAGCCAGCGGGGCCGGGGGCGGGGCCGCGCCCCCGCUCAACUCCAUCCCCUCCGCCACGCCUCCACCCCCGGCCACCACCAACAGCACAAACCCCAGCCCUCAAGGCAGCCACUCGGCGAUCGGCUUGUCGGGCCUGAACCCCAGCACGGGAAGCACAAUGGUGGGGUUGAGCUCGGGGCUGAGCCCGGCCCUCAUGAGCAACAACCCUCUGGCCACUAUCCAAGCCCUGGCCUCUGGUGGAACCCUGCCCCUUACCAGCCUUGACAGCAGCGGGAACCUGGUGCUGGGGGCGGCCGGCGCGGCCCCGGGGAGCCCCGGCUUGGUCACCUCGCCGCUCUUCCUGAACCACGCGGGGCUGCCGCUGCUCAGUGCCCCGCCGGGCGUGGGCCUGGUGUCGGCGGCCGCGGCGGCCGUGGCGGCCUCCAUCUCCAGCAAGUCCCCCGGACUCUCCUCGUCCUCCUCGUCCUCCUCCUCCUCGUCGUCCUCCUCGUCCUCCUCCACGUGCAGCGAGGGGGCAGCACAGACCCCCGGAGGCCCUGAGGCCGGGUCCAAGGCCGAGUGAGGGCGCUCCCCGCCUCCCCCCUCCUCCUCUGAACCCCCCACCUCCUCGGCUCCCAGCCUGGGAAAGAGGUCGAGGAGGCCAGCAUUCGGGGGACACAGAGGGUCCUCGCAGCAGGAGUGACCAGGGAGCAAAGACCAAAACCAAACCAAACCAACCAACCAAAAAGGAAAAAAAAAAAAAAAGACCAACGGAAAAGAAAACCAAAAAUAAUCACAGCAGAAACCAGCUGCCCCAAAGGAACCAGAGGUGAAUAAAAAACAAACCAAAAACGCCCCCAAACCCCCGUCCCCACCAAACCCACCAAACCAAAAACCAGUCACGAGCCAGACCUCAGCGUGUACCCCCUCACUGCUACGACACCAAAUAUGAACCCCAGCCAGGCCGGGAGCCAUGGCGCUGGACCUCAGUGGGGCCCAAGCUGGGGGCGCCAAGCCCCACCUUGCCUCCCCCAGAGGGAGCCUGAGAAGGAAAAAGAGAAGGGGCCAGCCUCCUUGCCCCAGGCCCCCGCCCUGGGGCCGCAAAGACAGGGCACCUGCGGCCCAGGGGCAUGGGGAGGGCCGGCCACCCAGCAAAAGUUCUUUUCCGGAAGGUAAAGAGAAAGGCCCGACACCGUACACCAAAUAUUCCGUAGCUUCAUCCAAAGGAUGUACAGAAUUUUUAGCGUUGUGCUCAACAGAAUGUGUCCCCCCCACCCAUGUCUCCCUCUGUUCCCUGGGCCCCAGCUCUCCUCCGUGGGCGGGGGGGUGCUUUAACCUCCUCCCUCCCCCAGCCCUGGGAGAGCCCUGGGGACAGCUCGUGGUCCCUGUACCUCUCCCUCCGAAGGGUGGGCUAGGCCGUCUUGCCAAGUUCUAGCUCUCACAACCCCCGCCCCCGGCCCUGCACCCCAUCACCCCUUCUCUGCUCUAGAACCUCCCCCUGCGCCCAGUCCGUGGGCAGGUGGCUGGUUCCAGCAAGGGGCCGGGGGUGCUGGGCCUUUGAGUCGUCUUGUUUUCCAUCCUUGUCUGUCAGUUUCCCUGAAGAAAAAAAAAAAGAAAUUCAUAUUCCAGUGCCUAUCCGUGGGAUCCUUCCCGUUCUUGACAUCGACCAGAAACCAAAAAGAACUCACCUCGUCUCCCCUGUCCCCCUUGCCCCGCCCCCACAUGCACACACGCACGCACCCCGCGGUGGGGCUCCUUCAGGGGCGGCCCAUCAGGGUCCCUGCAGCUGACGGGAUCUGGACCCCCGGUCCUCAUCUGAGCCCAUCAUGGGCCCCAGAGUCUCGACGGCACCCCGCUUCUGCCCAGCCCCGGACACAUGCCUCACCACCAAGGGAGAGCCGCUGGGAGCCACUGGCCCUCCCGCCGUUGGAGAGGCC